AUGACUACAGCCUUUGGAACCAUCCCCAUCCUAUUCAGGCAUCCGUCUGCCUAUGGCCUGUCCCGGAUCACCAACAGUCUGUUCCUCAGCAAUGGGGAGGCUGCCAACAACAAGCUACUCCUCUAUGGCAACCAGAUCACCACGGUUAUCAAUGUCUCUGUGGAGGUGGUCAACACCUAUUUCCCGGACAUUUCCUACAUCCAGGUUCCUGUCCUCGACGCUCCCACAGCCCGCCUUUAUGACUUCUUCAACCCCGUAGCCAAUAAGAUUCACGAGGUGGAAUUAAACCAGGGCCGCACCCUGGUGCACUGUGCCGCAGGCAUCAGCCGCUCCGCUGCCCUUUGCAUGGCCUACCUGAUGAAGUACCACUCGAUGUCUCUGGCCAACGCAUACACCUGGGUCAAGGCCUGCCGCCCCAUCAUCCGGCCCAACGUUGGCUUCUGGCAACAGCUCAUUCAGUACGAGCACAAACUCUUUGGAAAAACCAGCGUCACCAUGAUCCAGUCUCCGCUGGGGGUGAUCCCUGAUCUCUACCAAAAUGAAUUCAGGGUAAUGAUAACCUUGUGA